UUAUCGUGUUUAUUUUUUUCAACUUUAUCAGACUUACAUAAUGAUUAAGUAAUCUAAUUAUAUACAUUCGAGAUAUUAAUUAAUUACAUCUGCUCGUAUAUAAACGCAUACUCUUCCCAGCUAUGCACACUUCAGACCAUACAUUCAAGAUGGCGGUCAGGCUCCUGCUCCCGUUAGCGUUCCUAAUAGUCCAAGUGUCUUGUGGUCAGAACAGCUUGACCUUCGUCAUAGACCAUACUAACUCUAUGGGCGAUGUAAUUCUCGAAGUGAAAAAAUCGGCUAAGUCCAUCAUGGAUUUAGUUUUAAAAGAAAAGAAGAGUCAGAUUGAAGAUAUUGUGCUGGUGUCCUUUGGUGAUCCGGAAGUUAUAUUCAGGAAAAAGACUCGGGAUGAGGCAGAACUGAAGCGGGCACUAGACGGGAUCCAUGUGCAUAGCGGAGGCGACUGUCCGGAGACAUCGCUGGCUGGCAUCAAGAAGGGGCUAGAAGAGAGUCGACCCGGCUCCUAUAUCUUUGUGUUUACUGACGCCUCGGCGAAGGACUUCAAGAAAUUUGAAGAGAUAAAAACUUUGUGCCAGGAGAAACAAAGUCAGAUUCAUUUCAUCCUGACCGGAGACUGCGCCGACAUUUCUUUGCCUAGGUCGCAGGUUUACAACAAAAUAGCAGCGGCGAGUAACGGACAAGUGUUCAGAGUUAAAAAACGCGAAGUUCAACAGGUUCUCGAGUACGUGAAGGAAACCAUUACGGGAGAUAAGGAUGUACUCAUUUCUAAACCCGUCCCUGCUAACGUCAUGACAGAAGUGAAAUUCAAAAUCGACGAGCACACAGAGAACGCGGUAGUAUCUACUUCUGGGUCUGAUGUGUUUCUAGAAGUUUAUGACCCGAAUUCUCACUUAAAAAAUGGCACGCCUAUUACGUGGACGAGAAAUGUUAAGGUAACGAAACUUACAAAUUUAGUACCCGGCACCUACACAGCGAAGGUGAAAGGCUCCUCCCUAGUCAACGUAAUGGUGUUCGGGCGUACGGACUUCACGUUCCAACAUGGCUUCUCCACUGAAGUGGAACCCAACCUGAAAGCUACUGACACACAGCCCACUACAGGAGUAGAAACACACCUAAUGAUAUCCGUGCAAGGCAAGACGAACUCGACAAUCAUCCGCGAGGUGGAGCUAGUGGACAUGCGCGACCAGGUCGUAAGGAGGCUGCCGCUAACGCACGUGAACGGAGACGUCUACAAGACCGACAAGUUUCUGCCGCCAGAAGACACCUUUAAAAUCGUUGUUGUAGCAAUAACCAAUACUCCUGGAAGCAGAGUAAAACGCUCUGCGAAGACACCGGUUACACCAAUUCAAUCAGUUGCCCCAAAAAUUGUGAAAACAGAAGACGUCGUAAAGAUAAAGGAAGGCGUACCGAUCGAUAUAAAUUGCAGCAUCAUCCAAGGCAAACCUAGGCCUCAAAUAUCGUGGUACAUAAAGAGGCAAGGCGAGACCGCCUUCAAUCCACUGCCAGGCACAGACGAAGUGUAUCACGUGGCCGCAGCGCUGAGCAACGAUCAGUACAAGUGCGUGGCGAAGAAUGUAAAAGCUGAAGAUGAGCAUAUUGUAACUCUUGACGUACAAACGCGGCCGAAGUUCCAGAAUACACCUAGUACUGUAGUAAUUAAUGAAGGCGAACCAGCAACUAUUGAGUGCAAGCUCGAGAAAGGCAACCCACGUCCCAAAGUAACCUGGCAGAUCAAGUACCAAGACACAGAGGAAACAGUGUUUAUGGACCACAAAGAAGAAAUUUUGCACAUCCCAGCUCAUCUGAGCCGUUCUGGAGAAUACACGUGCUUUGCGGAAAAUUCUGAGGGAACAGAUAAGAAGACGACGAAGCUAGUGGUACAAAAGCAAACAAAACCGACGAUAGAUAAACAACCAGCGCCUCAUCUGUCAAAAUCGGAGAAAGCAACCGUCAACUUAAAAUGCAGUGUAACCGGGGGUUUUCCCAAACCUACCGUAAAUUGGUUCUACAAGGGACCGUACGCAGCUGAAUAUACAAUUAUUUCCGAAAAUAGCGAAAACCUGAUUCUUUAUGACAUUGAACAAAGCGAUGCGGGAUAUUAUAAGUGCGUGGCGAAGAACGAAGCGGGUGAAACGGAACAAGUUGUGGAGCUCAUAGUUAAUGCGGCUCCGAAGUUCCAGAAUACACCUUUUAUUAUAUCAAAAAAUUUAGGAGAACCAGUAACUAUUGAUUGCUCGCUUCAGAAAGGCAACCCACAACCUAAAAUAACCUGGCAGUUCCAGCCUCAAGACAUGGCUGAAUUUUUGCCUUUAGCGCAUGAAGGAGAAUUAUUGACCAUUGGAACAGCGCAACUGAGCCAGGCUGGAGAGUACAGGUGCUUAGCAACCAAUACUGAGGGACGUGAUGAGAAGACGACAACAUUGCUGGUCAGAGCUAACCCCACGUUAGAAAAGCCGAUCGUAAGUAAUGAAGAACCCAAACAGUCAGCUAUGAAAAAUUCGAACAAAACUUUGCACUGCAGGGUAACUGGAGGAUACCCCAAACCUACCGUAAAUUGGUUUUACAAGGGACAGUAUGCAACUGAAUACACAAUGAUUGUCAAAAAUAGCGAAAGAAUUAUUCUUAAGAAUAUUAAACCCAGCGACGCGGGACAGUAUAAGUGCGUGGCAAAGAACGACGUGGGUCAAGCAGAACAAGUAGUGGAACUCGUGGUCAAUGCGGUUCCGAAGUUCCAGAAUACACUGGGUCUUAUAUCAAACAGUGAAGGAGACGUCACAAUUAUUGAGUGCACGAUUAAAAAAGGUAGUCCGCGGCCAAAAGUAGCCUGGCAGUUCAAGGCUGAAGACAAGACUGAAUUUAUGCCUUUGGAGUACGAAGGCGAAUUGUUGAUCAUUAGAAGAACGCAACUGAGCCAAGCUGGAGAGUACAGGUGCUUAGCGACCAACACAGAGGGACGUGAUGAGAAGACGACGACAUUGGUGGUCAAAGCGAAAUCCCCUUCAAAUAAUACAACGAAGCAAACGGCAAUGGAGAAUGCAACUAUAACCUUGAACUGCAGGAUACCCAAAGGUUUCCCAGCGUCCAGCGUAAAGUGGUUCUACAAAGGACCGUAUGCAGCUGAAUUUGAAAUGGUUGUCAUGCGGGGCGAAAAACUAAUACUUACAAAUAUUCAACAAAGCGAUGCCGGGCAAUACAAAUGCGUAGUGGAGAACGGAAUGGAUAAAAAGGAAGAAGUUAUAGAUCUCGUAAUUAACGUGGGUCCGAAGUUCCAGAAAACACCUGAAGUUGUAACAGAGACUGAAGGAGAGCCAGCAAUCAUUGACUGCACGCUUCAGAAAGGCAGCCCGCAGCCAAAAAUAACCUGGCAAUUCAAGCCUCAAGACACAACUGAAUUUGUGCCUUUAGAGCAUGAAGGAGGAUUAUUGACCAUUGGAACAACGCAACUGAGCCAGGCUGGAGAGUACAGGUGUUUAGCGACCAGUACUGAGGGGUGUGAUGUGAAGACGACAACUUUGGUGGUCAAAGAGAAACCCAGGAAAGACGUUAUAACAACCAAACAGACAGUAAUGGAAAACAGCACCCUAACCAUAAACUGCAGAGUACCCGAGGUUAAUAAAGAUGGCCCUGAACCUACAAGACGUUGGUUUUACAAAGGACCUAAUUCAGUGGAAUACAAAUACAUUUCCAAAACUAGCGGAUCGCUGGUCCUCAAAAAUAUCCAACUGAACGAUGCGGGAGCGUACAAAUGCGUAGUGGAUGGAGAGGAAAAAUUUGUGGAAAUCAUUGUCAAUACCCCACCGAGGAUUACAUCCUUGCUUGAGUACACCCAAGAACAACCAAAACGCAACGUAGCGAUGGCACUUCGUUGUAUCGCUGUGGGACACCCCACCCCCAUCAUCACUUGGGAGGUCGGCAACCAAGUGGUAGGCACUGACAAGUCACGAAGAAUUUACGCUGAAAACAAUAAUUUGUAUGUGCAAUAUCUUGGAAAAUACCAGUCAAGGGACAGUGAUUCCCGGUCUUUCGUUUGUCACGCUAGGAAUGAGUUUGGUAAAGCAACGCAAUCCUAUAAGGAUAAUUUUAUUUCACAACUGGACAUAUCCCAGCGCAGAAUGUGACGUCACCGCCCCUGGCUGCGACCCGACCUCGGGUUCAUCCACUCCCGGGAUAUCGAGUUGUAAUUAUGACAAAAUAAACCUAUUUUGAUGA